ACUGCAUCUUGGCUCAGUAUCUGUCUGGGUCUAGAAAAGGCGACAUCACAGGGAGUAUACAGCACUUUUCAGAUGGGGAAUAGCAUAUCCUGUGUACCUCAACACAGAAAGCUGGGAUCCUGGAGAAGCAGAAGGAAUUCUUCAAAAAGAAAAAGUAGCAGAAAGGAAACAAGCAACGGUCCUGAUAAAUCAACUAGCCUUCUCAACAUGUUCUUCAUUCCUCCAACUAACAUGACAGAAAUGAAUGCUGCCUUAUUACAGAACUGGGAGCCUUUCAUGGAAUGGAGGAAGAAUGCUGCAAAUGCUAAAAAUUUAGGAGAAACUGUUUAUUAUUCUAAAGUGCGUUUCAAAUUCCAGCAUUGCCAGGAUGUGAAUGACUGCUACUUGGAACUGUUCCAGACACACCUCCGCCUAAUAUCCGUUAAUACAAAUGGAUUAGCUUACCAGGAGACGCUGCCUUUGAAAGACAUGAGCGUAUCUAAACUUGAAAGCGAAACCAACAAUAUGGAAAAAAGCCAUGUCUUUAAAAUAACAGGCCAGUUUUUCAAUCCCAUUAUAAUUUACUGUGUAAGUGAGCAAGAACUGCAAGCCUGGCACCAGCACCUGGAAAAGCUCAUUGAGCUAAACAGAAUAAAUGGUGGGUCAUACAAAGGUCAAAUAUCUUCAGAAGCUAUGAAAAACAAGAAAAAUGAGACCGAAGAGAAGGAAGCGCUGCGAAGGUCGGUGCAGAAAGACCCAAUUCAGGACUGGGAAGGGUCACAGAGGGAAUCCCUUGGCAGUGUGGUAUGGGUCACAACGGUCAAGCUUCAGCAUCUUCCAUUUGAGGUACAACACGACAGACUUCUGAUUCUUUACACAGAUACCUUGAUUAUUCUUGCUGAAGAAGACAACAAGCUUCACUUCAGGGGAGAACUUCCAUUUAAUGCAAUAAGUGUGACUUCAGAAGAUGGUGACAGGAAAGAAAACACAUUCACAAUUGAAGGACGAAUGAUAAACCCCAUCAAAGUAACGUGCCAGAACAGUACCGAUUAUGAUGAAUGCUUGUAUUACUUGAAGCGAGCCGGGGUCACAGUGAGCGGAACUUCAAGCGGCAAAACAGAGUGCAAUGCCAGCUGCAGCUCAUCUUCAGGCAGUGGAAGAUCUGCUGUUGUAAACAAAAGUUAUGACUCGAUGAUUAUAGAGAUCCCAUCCAGCUAUUUGCAUGGACUGAGCCAGCCUGUGAGUGAAGUAGAAAGGCGAUCAUUUGCGUUCCAUGAAAAUCACAAGGAGGAGCCCUUCUCACCAGGAUACAGUGAGCCCCUGCACGUUAACAGGUGUAGUGACCAGUCACAACUCAGCCAGUCUUUGCACUCAGCACUGUAUCAUGGUUGUCCACAGGGAAAAAUGCAACCGACACCACUUUCUCCAAUCUACAAUGAGCCUUACAUCUCAGGAACCCAGGCUUCUCCAAUUUUGUCUGUGCAUACAAGUCAGGUACAACAUCAUGCUCCAUCGUCAUCAUUAGAAAAGAUGGGAAACUCAUUUAAUUCUGAGGACUCUUCCAGUACGGCACUGUAUGCAACACCACCUAAGAGGAAGUCCCCGUCAAUGAAAAGCAAGAACACAAAAGAUUUGCCAAAGGCAACAAAGUACAGCGAACCUAGUGACUCCCUAAAGUUACUGCCUGGUGCACCAAUGAGCAAUUGCCAUCUAAUGAAUGUGCACUCCUACAAAGAAGAAAAUUACUUACACCACAGAAAUGAUCGCUCUUCAUCAUACGAUAUGGUUUUGCAAGUUUUAGACAGCUACAAGGAAGGUCAGACAGAAGACAGCAGUUUAUGUCUAGACUCCUCAUUCCAUACCUAUGAGGAGCUAGAUAGUAUCCAUGGAAACAGAGAUGAUGAUGGUAUUUGGGACUUUGACCUGAAGGAGCAGAGAUUUCCACAUAUUGCACAUGUCCCCACCCACAGAACAUUUUGUUACCAAGAUGGGCACGAAGCCAAAGGAAAGACAACAUCAAACAGGUGGUCAUAACAGUACAAGUGCUUUCUUUCUACAAGACUUUUUAUAAGUAAUUCAUAUGUAGCAUUUGUCCAUCUUGAAGACCAGGACUAACAAGGAAGAUAAAAACUGUUCAUGCUUAUUUAUCUUUGUAAGGAAACUGCUGAGAAUUGCAGUAAUUCAAAGUAAUUAUUUAUUUUGGUAUAAUGUAUCUAAAAGAAACAAACACCCAGUAGACAGAUCAAGAUCAUUCUGUCUCAAACUCUGUUGUCCCACCCGCACAAACAAGAAUAUUAAUCUGCAAUAUUUAAAGAGAUAGCAACAUGCUUAUUGGGAAUAUUACCACAUGCUAUGUGUAUUGGUUGUCAAAGACCUCACAAACUGCUUUUCAUGAAGUACAAAAGGAGAGCUGGGACUGUGGACAACGUAUGAGCCAUUUUUAAGUUUAGAGUUUCAUGUAGUGUGCUGCUGUUGUGUAUGCGAAAAUGUGUGUGUAUAAGAAUUGUUUUUAUACUAUAAAUAUGUGUAUAGUACUUGGAUGUUUGAGUUUGAGUUCAGAACUAUUAAAAAAGAUUGCACUAUAUUUUGUAUUUUUAUAAUGAUAAAAAAGUAGAGUUCCGUAAGACCAUUUUUUUUAAAAUGAUGUGAAAUACAUGCUGGUCAUGUAUGGGCGACAGUUUUUUUUCUGCUUUCUGCACAUUGCCUGUCUGGGGGCGGCAAACACAUCGUGACACAUCUGUACAGAGUACUGUGUGGAUUUAAGGUACAAUAGACUGUAGUCGGCAAAUAAAAUUUUGUGAUGCAAAAGACAUUCUGGCUCAUGUUUAUAUUUGUCAAUUUUUAAAACUGUCUUCUGCACAGAAUAAGAUCUGUAACAAUAAUGGCCACUACAGACUUUCAAGAGAGCUGUUCCUAAAUCAGCCUCAAAGCUAGAUGAUAGUAAAUCAUGGGUAGGACACUGGCUUCAUUUGUCAGAUGCCAGAAGACGGAUAACACAAAUGACUUGCCAUAGAGUCAAGACUAGAAAUGUAGGUAAUAAAGUAGGUUACAUAAGUUCUAUUGGGCUGGCAACUCGGCACCAUAAAAAUCUACUGCCAAUUGUUAGCGGACCGGAGUUCCACUGUGGCGACCCCUUACCGGGAAAAGCCGAAAAGACAAACAAUAACAACAUAAGUUCUAUUAUUACUUUGGCCCAGCAAGUAUUAUAACAGAUGUUUCAGUGUAAAGCUGCCCUAUAUCAACUUUACUAGACCAGGUCAUUCUGAAUAAACAGGAGCACCAGAGAUGGGUAGGGUCAAGGGUGGACACAGUAUGCAAUACAGAAAAGUUACACUGGGGUGCAGAUGUGGUACUGAGAGUUCUGCAUGCCACACAUGUAACAAACAUGUUCUUCACAUCCAUUCUUUCUAGGCUUUCCAUUUUUCUUGUGGAUAUACUGAGUUAUGCGUGCACAAUGGUUAUAAUUGGUUAAUAUGUUAUAAUGUUUUAUUUAUAAAAUGUGUUUUUAUUUAUAAGGUUUUAUGUAUAUAUUUUAAGACAUUUCUUCUAAGAAACAAAUCAUUUAAGAAUUCAAUUCUACAUUUUUUUUCUGUUUUUAUUUAUUAUAUUGUGGGCAGGAGUAUAUGCCUAUUCAGGUCUGCAGUUCAGAAUCUUAUAAACAUAUCACAUUUCUUUAUGCAAAUAAUUAUCCUUGAAGACUGUCACACAGAGCAUGAACAUCUUACAGACAGGGAAAUAUUUGUUUUUAUACUAUGCGCAUUUGUUAUGGCUGCAGAUAAUUUUUUAAAUAUUUUUGGAAAAUACUUAAAAUUUGCACAGAUCAGCAAUUUUUUUUUUCUUUUCAGGCUGUGUUUUGCAGUCUGAGGUGCCGAAAAAAAGUACUGUUUGAUAAGAUGUACAGCAUCGUUGUUAUUUUCCCUACAAGGGUGAUUGAUAAGAUGUAGCAUUUUAGUAUUAUGUUUAUUCAGUCCUUUUGUGCCGUCUCUUUUUCCGUUUCUUGGUUCUGCUGUUGCUAAACUGGUUUACCUUAAACUGGAGCCGUUUGUUUGUUCGGAACGAGGUGGCAGUGAUUUGUAGCUUCUGUCAGCAGAUUCUUAACAUAUAUCCUGGCUUAACAUUGUUUCUGUUGUAUGACUUCUGCGAGUCACCAUUAUAUUUACACAGUUUGGAAUGUUACAACAUGUUUUGCUGACAACUGUGAAUAACAGUAAUAAAAAAAGAA